AUGUUUCUCGACGCAAUUUUCCAGGGAUAUCGAAGAAGUGAACCGAUUCAUUUGCUUUGUCUUCGCGCAUGUACAAUGAUAUUGAUAAUUGCAGUGUUGUCAGGGUAUUUAGCUAUACUUGCAAUUGAUAUAGCAAAUGAUAAUCCAGUAAUCAAGCAAACGAUUGUGCCGGUGAAUUUUUUGCCAGCUCCAGAUUUAAGUUUGGGAAUGUCGUACGACUUCAAUCUUACCUGUUUUGCUUUUCUCGGUGAUUACACAACUUCUUCCGAUUGUAUAAACGCAAUCACAUACGAUCAUGAUGAUGAACUUUUCUACGCAAACUUUUCAAAUGAUGGUUCUUUCCUGAUGUCUCCACUUGGUCAUGAAAAGGGGAUUAAUUUUUUACAUUUUCAGAUUACAAUCAAAGACCCUAACUUUAAUACUUCUAAGCCGGGAGUUUUGGUUCUGAUAGCUUAUGAUGCAGAGGCAAAUCCCAAUUCUGAUUAUCAAACGUCAAUUUAUGGAAUGAAUUCUUAUAAUAUUGAUUAUGAUGUCCAUGCAAGCCUUGCAUAUACAAGAUCAAUCAAGGAAAUUAUCCAGCCAAGUCGAUGGAUAGAUUUUGGAAUACCGCCAGAGCAUAAUAAAGAAUAUUACAUUAAUUCUAAUGUUGUAACCGGCUCGCUUUCCAAAUAUGAUGGUUUCAAUGAUCCACUUAACUUUGCUAUUGUAAGUAUUCAAGCUAAAAGCCUUUUCGUCACGGUCGAAACUGAACAAAGGUCAAAAACGGUAUUUAGUUCGUUUGCUUUAUUUGGCGGUGCAUGGGGUCUUGCCGCUGGGAUAUAUACACUAUGUUUCGGGAACAGCGUACAAAGACCCUGGGGCUGCGCACAAACAUUCUGUUGCAUAUUCUCGCAAAAAGCAAAAUCUCAAUUCCGUAAAACGUUUCCCGUGAUACCAUUAACUGGAAAUGCGAAAUUCGAGUUAUCCGAUGAUCCGGAAAGUAAUUUAAUCCCACAGUCACAAGAUCCUGCGGUUCAACAUUUAGAGCAACGAUUUGAAGCACUCGAGCUCUUUUUGAGAAAAUAUAUAAUUGAUGUUAAGUUUUUGGAUGCGUUAGAUCGUGUGAAGGACAAUUUUAAUAACAAUAAUGGAAAUCAACCAAAUUCAUCAAGACAACAACAGACGACUCCACAACCACCGCAAUAUUAUGGAUAG